CCGCAACCCAAGUCAACAAACGCAACAAUGGGCAAACUCCUGCAAAAGAAGAAGAACCGAUCCGGCCUUUCCAAGGCCAAGGCCAAGAACAACCGCCUCAAGAGCGGCAGCAAGAAGAUCAAUGUGCUGGGCAACCAGAUCAUCGCCGAUAACUGGGACAGAAAACUCACUCUGACCCAGAACUACCAGCGACUCGGCCUGCUGCACAAACUGAAUGCCCCGACUGGUGGCAAAGAGCGCCUCCCCAUUCAAGGAGAGCUCGCGGAAAACUCGCUGCAAAUCACCGGCAGCGGCAACACGGCCCAGCAGCUCGAUCUGGGCGAGACGAGGGUUGAGCGCGACCCUGAGACCGGCAAAAUCCUGCGCGUGAUCCACGACGAAGAGGAGAUUGAAGUUGCGGGUCGCAAGCGCCGCGCCGCGAACCCGCUCAACGACCCGCUCAACGACCUGUCUGACAACGAAGCUGAGAUCGUCGACCCCGCUCAAGCAUCCGUGAUUGUCCAGCAGCUGGAGCGUCAGGCGGAUCGCGAGGGCCAGUCUGUCAAGAACAAGAAGCCCCGGUAUCUGAGCCAGCGGGAGGUUGAGUGGAUCACGAGACUGGUUGAGAAGCACGGGGAUAACCUGGCCGCUAUGGUUCGGGACCGCAAGCUCAACCCCAUGCAGCAGAGCGAGGGUGAUCUGCGGAGGAGAAUCAACCAGUGGAAGAAAUCUCGCGACUAG